GCCCUGCGACCACGUGACGCUGCCUCGAGACCCAGGCUCUUGGCCCCGCCCCCGUCGCGCCGGUUCUGGGCUUCGGCCAAUCAGCACAGGUUCCGAGCUCCCCGGUCCCGCCCCUGCGCUCCCAGUGGGCUGGGCGGGCGGCUAAGGCUUCCCGUCGGGCUCGCUCCCGGCCAGGGCCGCGCGACCCCUCCUCCGGGCCUCGUCCGCCCGGCGCCCCGAAUGGCCUGCCCCUCGUGAGCCCCUGGGCCCGAUCCCGGGCGCCCCCGGCUGGCCUCGCGGGGCCCGGACCGAAUGCAGCCCCGGCUCGUCGUGCGGCUUCCCCCAGACUCCGGGCCUCCGCUCGUCUCCGGCUCCUGCCUCGGACUCCUCCCGCCGACCGGCCGCGGCCCCCCGGGACCCCCGGGCCUGCCAUGCCUCCGUGCCUCCCUGCCUUCCCCCCACCGCAGGGCGCCUCCGCCGUCACCCCCUCUCAUUCAGGUGCCUUUUAGGAACUGCCCUUCCCCGUUCCGAUUGCCUAACAUAGGGUCUGGCCCAUAGGAGGCUUAAAUACUUGUCCAUUGAUUGAAGGUACCCCACUUUUACUGCAUGCAGUCUGAACUUCUGGACCCCAGGUCUGACCUCAGAGGAAGAGAGCUAGGCAUUGACAGCUAUGUAGCCUGCCUUCCAUGACUAGGAUGUGACUUCCUCUGUGCAACU